AUAAAGUGCUGUGGGCAGGCUGUAUUGUCCCUGCAGGUUUCCGUGAGCUGUUACAGGAUCAGAAGGCUUCAUCAUGUCUCCAAAGAAGGCCAAGAAGAAGCAGUCGGGAGAGGCCAGCUCCAAUGUCUUCAGCAUGUUUGAACAGAGUCAGAUCCAGGAGUUCAAAGAGGCGUUCACCAUUAUGGACCAGAACAGAGAUGGCUUCAUCUGCAAGAACGACCUGAGAGACACAUUCGCUGCCUUGGGGAGACUGAACGUGAGCAAUGACGAGCUGGAGGAGAUGGUGAAGGAGGCUCCAGGACCCAUCAACUUCACUGUCUUCCUCUGCAUGUUCGGCGAGAAACUCAAAGGUACGGACCCAGAGGAGACCAUCCUCAACGCCUUCAAGAUCUUUGACCCUGAGGCCACGGGUGUCCUGAAAGGAGACGAUAUUAAGUACCAUCUGAUGUCACAGGCUGAUAAGUUCACUGAAGCAGAGGUGACUCAGAUGUUCACCAUGUUCCCUCUGGACGUCGCCGGUAACCUUGACUACAAGAACCUGUGCUAUGUCAUCACCCACGGAGAGGACAAAGAAGACAAGGACUAAAAAAACACAGCGGCCCAUCCUCAUCUUCAUCUUCCUCCUCCUCACCUUCAUCCUCCUCCUCAUCUUCCUCCUCCUCCUCCUCACCUCCAUCCUCCCCACAUCCUGUCAGUGUCGUGUCACAUCCUGUUUUCUGCAGCUCUGUCUAAAGGUGCUUCCAUCUGUGUUAGUUUCAAACUAUGAAAACCAAAUGUGUUUAAUUUCUGUUUUUGUUCCUUUUUGUCGUAUUGUCUAAUAAAGAGUUCACCCUUUAA